UCACCUUUAUUCGGUUCGACGCCGCGCGGCGAGUCGUUCGGCCCUUCGCCCUCGCUCUAAAUAGAGGCUUUAUUUGUAAACAGCGGGAGCGCUACCGUGCGCGUUUUCGGGGCGGCAGUUGGCAGUGGUGCGCGCGCGCCGGUCAGUAUGGGGUGUGUUGGAUGGCGCUCGGCCGUGCCCGCCUGCGCCUCUCGCAGCGGCGUUUGUCUGCAGUGAUGCCGUGUCGCCGUCAUCGAAGUAGCUUUCUGAACCUCAUCACUUGGACACUUUGUGCCGUGUUGACGACAGCCAGUGAGAGCUUACCACCCGACAGUCUGCGGCUCGUGUGGCUCUCCAAUUCUUCCCUCACCUGCAACGAUGGAACACAAGCCGGGUACUACAUUCGUCGAGGUACCAAUAUUGAUCACUGGGUGGUAUACCUCGAAGGUGGUGGCUACUGUUGGGAUACAACGUCUUGCGAAGCGCGUUGGAGACGGCGACCCGCUCUCAUGUCCUCCUCGCGGUGGCCCAGAAAGCGCCGUGCUCCUGCCCUACUAUCCUCGGAUCCAGAAAUUAAUCCUCUUUGGCACGCAUCAAACCAUGUUCUACUCCCCUACUGCACUAGUGACAUGUGGACAGGUACUCGAACUAGGCAGAAUUACACAUUUUCUUUCGCCGGACGUCUUAUCGCGAGAACUGUGCUCUCCGAACUCCUACGUUUUGGCCUCUCUGGACGACUUCUGCUCGUCGGAUCGAGUGCCGGCGGAGCGGGAGUCAUGCAGCAUGCAGAUUACGCCAGGCGACUGCUGCGAACCAAUGGAAUCAAAGUCGCAGCGAUUGCGGAUUCAGGAUGGUUUCUUGACCGACCAGGUAGAAUUAAACGAUCAGCUGAUACUGUGGCCAGAUUAGGACAUUCCCUCUGGCGUGGAUCUCCCCCAACGUCUUGUGCGAGAGAACAUAGCGACAGGCCUUGGUUGUGUUACUUCGGAUAUCAUCUUUAUCCACAUAUAAGGACUCCACUUUUUGUGUUUCAAUAUUUAUUCGACUCAGCGCAAUUAGCUGCAGAGGGCGUGCGAGCACCGAGAACAAGAGCACAGUGGGAUGCGGUGCACAAGACUGGUGCGGCGUUGAGGGAAAGUCUGAAGACUGUACGUGCGACCUUUGCUCCAGCCUGUUUGGCCCACGGAGCUCUAGCACGACCGGAAUGGUUAGCAAUUAAUGUAUCAGGUGUCUCACUACCACGUGCCAUCGCGUGUUGGGAGCAGCACCUUGGAGCUGGAGGAAAACGCCUCAGGCACCAAGUAGGAUGUGCACCUCGUCGAUUAGUGGAGAGAUGUUCGUGGCCGCAAUGCAACGGGUCAUGUCCUAGAUUGAGAGAUCCAAGGACAGGGGAAGAAGUUGCAUUGGCUGCUUUACUUCAAAGUUUCGGUUUGGAUGUGAAUAGUGCAGCGGCUGCGAUGGGUAUUGAUGCGCGCGCCCUCUCGCGGAUGAGUCGCGCUGAGCUACUGCCAUUGUUAGCUCCCCACACGUGAUUCCUGGCCUUUAAAAUUUUAGCAAUCUUGCUGUGUUGCUAUGCGAAGAGACUGUUCGUGCUCAGGGCACGGUAAAUCUACCUCGUUAAUUGUUGCACAAAUACAAUUUAAUGUUUAGAUAUUAUUUAUUGUUUACGGAUGCUAAUGUAUCUAUUUAUAUGACGUAAGUAAAUUUCUUGUAAUUUGUACAUACACAUAUCUUAU